AUGUCAAACAAUAAGGAAAGAUUCUAUGAGUAGAAGUCGUAACAUUAAGAAUCUCAAGAAUCAUAACCAUCUAGAGAAAUUAAAAAAGAUAAAUUCUUAAAUAAAACAAAAAUAAAUGAUUCCCCUUUCGAUUAGAAAGUCGAAAUCAAAUAAUUCAAAAAAGCUGUCUCGUAAAAGUCAACUGUAGGUAAAGCAAGACAUAAAUCCCAAAUAAUAUAAACUAAUUAAACAAUGAAAGAGAGUAUGAAGCAAUCAAACUAAUCAAAAUCCAUCCAAAAAUCAAUACAUAAAAACAAUUCAAAUUAGUAAAUGAAAUCUCCUCAAACAGAAGAACAUCUAGUCUCUAAAAAACCCAUUAAAGAAGAAUAAUCAGAAUCUGAGAUGAAUAGUGUUUUCAAUAUUGAAUAAGAGGAUUCAAUCAUAAAGUUAAACGAUUAAUUUCAGAGAUAAGCUUCUAAAUAGGCCUUUGCUCAAUUAUAUGAAUUAGACGAUUGUUUGGAAGAAAUGCAAGAGAAAAAUUAUAUAAGGAAUUAGAUUGAGAACACUAAAAUACGGAAAAUAGACAAUAUUGACCAAAUAUUAAGAAAGGAGGAGUGGGCGGAAGAAAAGGAAAAAGUUGCUCAAUUAGAUUUCAAUCCUGAGCUUGAAUACUAAUAAUUAAUAGAUUAGAAAAAUUUGAAUCAUUCUAUCAAUUUAAGAGUUUCUCAUAAUUUUUAAUGGUUGAAAAAGGAGGUUUCGUAUUAUUAGGAUGGGCUUAGAUUCUUGUUUUUUAGAAAGAUAAUAGUCACAAUAAUCAUUUCAAUAGAAAUAUUAUGCUACAAGCUAUUAUAAUCCACUAUUUUUGAUUUAUAUGAAAUGUUGGUAACAUUAGCAAAUAUUAUCCUAUUUUUGAAUAGAUCUCCUUAAGAGUCACCUAAAAUAAGCGAAUACUAAUAUUUAUUUUGUGUUUUAUAUUUUAUUGACGCUUUUAUACAUUUAGCUGGUUAAGGGUUUAAAAAGUACAUAUAAUCAUUUUGGAAUAUUUAUGAUUUAUUAAUCCUCGUUCUCUAUCUUUUAUACAUUUUAUAGAACCAUUACAUACCCUUUGAUGUAUCUACUUUUAGAUUAAUCAGAAUACCAAUCUAUGUUGGACGUAUUAGCAAUAAGUUAAAUAUCAUUUUAUUAUCAAUUAAAGAAGCAGUAAAACAAAUUGUAGAAAAUUUGCUAAUAUUAAUUCUGUUUACAAUUUUAAUUGCAAUAUUUAUGCUAUAUGCUUUUAAUGGAGUGCUUAAAUAUAGAUGCAUGCACGAGGAACUUGGAAUUUUUUCCUUGAAUUCAUACGAAAUUGCAGUCUGUGGAUAUAAGGAAUGCGAGAUUGGCUUUGUAUGUGCUCGACAAUUAUAGAGUAUUGAUGUUCCAACUAAUUUUGAUAAUAUUCUGUUUGCUUACUUUUAAACUAUAAGAACUAGUAUAGUAAAUGAUUGGACGAUAACCAUGUAUAUGCUAAUGAAAUAAUUCAAUCCUUUCGUCUGUAUUUUAUAUGUAUUCAUCAUUUUUGCGAUUAACAAAUUUUACUUUCAGCUUUUAAUUGCUGUUCUAAAAGUCUAUUAUCAUAAAACUUAGGAAUAUUAUAUCAAUAAUCCUGUUAAACCUGAAUUUUCAGAGGAUUAAAUUAAAAUAAACAUGUCAUAGCUGUUAGAAACUGAUAUUUGGAAAACGGUUAAGAUGGAAAUUUUCAACUAUUAAAAUUACAAAUUUAAUACAUAAUAUCGAUUAGACCCAAAAAGUAGAUAGCAAAAGCUAAGUAUGCAACCAAUUCAAGAACAUAAUAAUGUUAAAUACUUAUCUGCACGUUAAUAGAUAGAUUAACAGAAUGAAAGAGAACUAAUUUUGAAACAAAACACUCAUCAGUCUUGGAUAAUUUCCUUUUAUUUUCCAUAUCAUUAAUUACAAUCAUAAAUUUAAAACCUUAUCAAUAAUAAUGAAAGUAAAUUUUCACAUUUGGAAACAUUCUACACUCUAAGAAGUUUAGAUUAUUUGAGUAUUUAUACAGAAGUUCGAUAUAAUGUGCCUUAUGAUUUUGCAUCAAUUUAAGAUAUACAGAUAUAAGAAGAUCCUAAAAAGAAAUAGAAAGAGGGAAAAAUUAUGAAGAAGUAACAUUUACAUCAACAAUAUUUUAUUGUUUAAAAAGUUUAAAACAACUUUAAAACAAAUGAUAGACCAAAACCAAGAUUUCCUUACAUGAAAAAGACAGUUCACAUGCAUAAUGAUGAAGAGUUCUUUGAAAGCCUAGGAAAUUCAAGCAUGAAUGAAAGUAGUAUGUAAUCAAGUUCUGUAAAGUAGAAUCAUGAGCAUUUCUAAUAAUAGAAGAUGGGAAACAAUAUUUUUGUUAUAUAUUCUUAAUAAGAAAGUAAAUAGCAAAAUCCUUUUUAAAAAAAGAAUAAAAAUUAAAAAUUAUUGUAAAUGAAUACAUAGAGUAGAACAAGUAUAAAUCCUAAUUAAUUUAAUCUUAACUAUGAUGAUGUGGUUGCAAUGAUAAAUCUUAAAUUAAAAAAUGAAACUAUUUCAAUUACAAAUUAUGAAGAAGUGUAUGAGCAAGAAAGAAAUUAAUCCUAAGAAGGAAUCUACCUAUAAUAAUGGUCUGGUAGUGAUUUGAUAGAGAGAUUUCAUUUUGAAUCUGUGGUCUAAUAUUUAAAUAAAUAUUGGAAUUAUUAUUUUUUGAAAGGAAUACGUUUUUAUCUUAUCAAAAUUCAAUACUAAUUAUAUUACUUUAUUACUAAUUAAAUUAUUUAGAUAUUACUAGAUGGAUUUGUUUGUUUAAAUAUUUUAAUAUUAACAUUUUCUGAUUUUUAUGACCAAAUAAUAGCAGAUUAUUUUGAUUUAAUUGUAACAAUACUGUUAUUUUUGGAAACCAUUUUAAAGGUUUUGACAAUUCAUAAGUAUUUGUAAAAUUUCACUAAUGUUCUGAGUGUACUAAUAAUUACAUUUAUUUUAAUUGAGAGAAUAUUAUUUUUUUCACUUUUUGAUGAAUAGGAACCAACAUUCGAAAUUUUUAUAUAUAUAAAAAUACUAAAGUCCCUCUUUUUCUUUAGAGUCAUCAAAUAUAAUACAUUUGCACAAAAUAUGAUAAUGAUAUCCUACUAAACAUUUCCAAAUUAUGCAGUAAUGGCAUUGUUACUUCUCUUUUUAAUGUUGAAUUAUGCAAUAUUUUCAUUGUAAAUAUUUGAUUUCCCUGAAUUUGAUGAAUUAAAAAUGUAUCAUUAUUUUGGCAAUAUUUAUCAAUCUUGGAUAGCAGUAUAUGAUAUAUCGACUGGUGAUGAUUGGUAUGGUGUCGUUAUACUAAGUACAACUUAUGGAAUCUAUUACAUCGGAUUCUUAUUUUGUAUUUCUUUAGUAUUUAUAGUUAACUAUUUUGGAUUUGGAUUAUCUUUUGUUAUUAUUCUUGAUGGAUUUGCAAACUAUUUGGAUAGUGCAAAGGAGUCGGAAACAUAAUCAAUAGAAGAAAAGGAACAAAGUGUAGUCUUGAAUUUUAAUCAUUACGAUUCAGAAAUAAGAAAAGAGAGUUUAGUAAAGAAAGAUAAUAACAAUAUAAAUUUGAAGAGUUUACUUGAAACUCUAAUUGAACCAGAAAACAAAGAGAAAUAUUAUAACAUAUAAAAUGAAUAUUCAUUGUUCAUAAUUUAGAAAAGUAAUUCAUUAAGGAAGACAUGCUUUAUGAUCUCUGAAAUUUAUCCUAUUAAAUUAUUAUUAUGUUUUGUUUUAUGGAGCAGUUUAAUUAAUUUAAUUUUGAUUACUUAUUAUGAUGAAACUGAUUAAAAUUUUUGGAAUCCUUUUGAGAUAAUUUAAUGUCUAUUUAAUUUAUUAAUAUUGAUCGAUGCAAUAAUUUAAAUAAUUACUUAUGGAGCUAUUGCAUAGGAUGGAUACUUUAGUAGUAUAUGGGUUAGUAUUGAUUUUGCAUAUGUUGUUACUUAUUUUCUUUAUUUAGCAUCUAAUCAUUCUGCUUUGAAAUGGAUAUUAUAUUUGGGCUAUUUGCGUCCCCUCAAAGUAACAUCAACUUAUGGAUUCUUCGUUAAUGAAAGAGGAGCUAUAAUGAAAUCAUUUUCUGAUAUCUUAAGAAUUUUCUAUGUUAUUUUACUUUUUUGGUUCAUCUUUGCUAUUUUUGGAAUGACUAUUUAUAAAGAUAAGCUUGGCUAUUGUGAUUCUUAUUUUAAUUAUGGAGUGGGAAGAUAGGACUGUUAAGGAGAAUGGAAAGUAUACCCUCAUAAUUUUAAUAACAUAAUUGAAGCUAUGCAAUCCUUAUUUAUUAUUUCUACUCUUGAUGGUUGGGGAAUAACAUUCUUUGUUUGUAUUAACAGUGCUUCAGAAUAAACAGGACCAAUUCGAUUUAAUAAUGAAUGGAUUUCAUAUUUAUUUUUUUUCAGUUUCACCUUUAUAGGAGCCUUGUUCUUCUUAUAAUUCUUUGCAGGAGUUAUUUUUGUUAACUUUUAAUAAAAUAAGCAGCAACUUUUGAAUCCUGAUUUAACCUUAGAUUAAGAAUUAUUUUUAAAAUUAACUGAGAUUAUAAUGUUGGAUACUCCGAAUUACUCAAAACCACCAAAGAAAGGAUUGAGAUUAAAGGCUAAAAUACUUCUGGAAAAUUCAUCUUAUAUUUUAAUUACUAAACUAAGUUUAAUUCUAAAUCUAUUUACUUUGAUGUUAUUUUAUGAGUAAGGCAGUACUAGAUUUUUACAAACUCUGAAUUGGCUCAAUCACUUUUUUAGCUUUAUUCUAUUAAUAGACUGUAUUCUAAAAUUGUUUACAUAUCAUAUUAAAAGAUAUUUUGAUGAUAUUUGGAGAUAAAUGUAAUUGAUUUUUGUGUUAUUAUCGUUACUUGAUUUCUACAUCGAUAUUUACAGAGAUGAUCCAUAUUUUAUUUGGUUGAGAAUUUUUAUAUUGAAUAGAUGUCUAAGAAUGUCAUUAAUUAUCUAGUAGUUUACAAGAAUACGAAAAUUAUUAAAUGUUAUUUAUUUCAAUAAAAUGGCUAUACUGAGAAUUUUGGGAUUAUUUAUUACUGUUUUAUCAUGUUAUUCAUAUGUAGGUUGUGCUCUUUUUGGAGAGGCAAACUCAGGUUCCAUUCUAAAUGAUUAAUUAAAUUUUAAUAAUUUUUUUUUUGGUUUACUAGCUAGUUUUAAAUGCACAACCGAAAAUGGAUGGAGAUUUAUUUUUGUUGAUUCUUAAAAUUAUAUGAAAUAAUAAAACAAACCGUGGGUUUUAGCUUCUGUGUUUUAUUAUAGUUUAAUAUUUAUUGGGGCUAGAGUAUUGAUGAAUUUAAUUGUUUGUGAAUUGGUUUAAGAAUUUGAAAAAUUUUAUGAUACAAGCAGCAGUUGUUUAGAGACUUAUGUAGAAACAAUAGAUAAAUUUAGAACUUUAUGGUGCAAAUAUACUGAAGAAUUUCAAGGGACAAAAAUGCAAACUAAAUACUUAGGACAUUUUCUAUUAGAUUUAGAGGAACCAUUAGGAGCUUUAAAAGGAGACAACAUUUGGGAUGCUGCCAAAAAAGCAUCAAGUUUUGAAUUAAAAAAGGAUUUUGCAGGUUGUCUUACCUUUAGGAAUCUUCUUUACGAAGUUUUUAAAUAAGCUUUCAAAGAAAGUGUAUUCAAAAUUACUACUGAGGCUGGUAAAACAAUAAUGAAGGAAAAUGAUAAGAAAAUAAAAUAUAGAUUGUACAAUCAGCGAUCUCAUCACUUUAGAAGGGAAAGAGUAAAUGAAAAGGUGGAUAUUUAAAGUAAUUUCAACAUUCUAUAGGAAUAUUUAUAUCUUAAGAUGGCAUUGAAGGCUUGGAGAAGUUUCUCAGAACAUUUUUUUAUUGUUGCAGGUGAAGUGCAAAAUACUAUUGAUUUUACUGAAAGUGAUGUUGAUGCCUAGAUUUCUAGUGAGAAUAGCCAAAUUGAGGGAUUCGAUGUUGAUGAACCACAAAAAUAGAUAAAAAGACUACCUUCUAAAGAACAUCUAAGGAGACCUACUGAUGUUUACAUUUUACCUUAUUAUGAUGAAAUCAAAUUUAAAGACAAAAAUCUAAAGUCGAUCCUUAAAGCUACUGAUUAAUAAUAACAAAAGGUUUUUAAGUCAAUAUCAAUUGUUAAAAAGAAAGAGUAGUUAAUAUAAUAUAAAGAAUAUAAUAAAAGAAGAGAUGCAAUAGAUAAACCAACUGCUUCUAGAAACAGAUAUCAGUAUGGAUAUCAUGAAAAAAUUACUAGAUAAUAAUUAGAAGAAAAAUCAGAUAAUAGAUUACUUUCGAGAUUUGAUCCUACUAAAAUGCCCAGUGCAUAUAAUAUUACUAAAAUAGCAUCAAAAUUAAAAUGA